GGUAAAUGGCGUACAUCCACUUUGCCUCCCACCAACUUGUAGGCAACAACUUACAAAUCCCUUGGGUUCUUCUCAUCCUCUCCAAAAUUUAACUUGGUAUGUCGUCGUCGAUGUCUGUCGACGACGUCGCAAGCAGUAGAAAAACGACUGCAGUUGGCGGACUAAGGUUCCAGAAGAAGCCCAACAAAGAUGGAUCUGAAGCUACUAACUCUUCAGCAGCCACUAGUAACGUCGCUUAUCCUUCCUUUGUCCCUCCUCCUCAGUCCCGGGAUGCUACGGCACCAGCGCGAUACCAUCCCCCAGCGACUCCGUCACGAGGCAUAGUCCUCGUCCCCAAUUCCAGCCCCCUACUUCAAGAUGCAGGCUAUCAUCAGCCUUAUCAACCACAUCAUCUCCAGUACGCUCAAGGUAGCUCCUCAACGACUGGCCCUAAUCACCUCAAUCUGUGGAGUCAGUCCGGUCCCUCAGCCGUGCCCGACGUCCUGUCCUCAUCAAGUGGGUUUGUCCACGGUAGUGGCCCUGCUCACGCGUCAUUCACGCGUCAGUCGCGUCCAUGGGCUGGAGAUGUGAGACCGUUAUCGGAAGUUGACAGUUUUGGGGAUGAAGGUCCACCGAGAAAGCGUAUGAAUCGCGGAACACCCUCCGACACUCUACCUCUCGGGAUGGUAACCCCUGGCUCUCCAGAUAUCCAGCAUCCAGGGCAAAGGCGUAAACAGAAUGUGAACGCAGAAAGGCAGUCGCAUUCGUCGGAUGAAUCGAUGCUGGAUGUCAGGUCGUCGCUGGAAGGACCUUCGAAGCGGAUCGUUCGUGGCCAGCGCCCAGACCACACUGACUCAUAUGUGUUCACUGUGUUCCAGCUUUCGCACCCUGGUUAUGACCUAGCCACCCUCAGGGCUGCUUGGAAUGAAGCUAAUGGGAAUGACAACAAGGCAUCUUUACUCCUCUCUGAUUCGUCAUGGAAGCCCCAAUCCACAUCGACUCCAUCUAAUUCUACCACCGUCAUUAAAGCACCGUCUAUGUCAGCGCCAGAACCACCUACUGUCGAGACUACUGGGAGAGUGGAAGAGGUCGAUGAAGCCACCAAAACCCAGCGCGCUGCUCUCAGGGAGAAGGCCAAGAAAUCAUCCAUCUAUGCUAACAGAUCUACAUUAGAUACCACACGGUCCCCUGCGGUUCCCAAUAUCCCAAUACCCAGAGCUAUGUCGCCUGCAUCCCCAUCCACACCUGCCAUCAUGGCCCCACGCCGCAAGCGACCAAAGAAGUUGAUCCUCUCCGACGACGAGGCCGAAGCCAGUGAAAGCGAGGAGGAGCUUCCACGAACACGUCAGAACGGAGAAAUUUCUCGGGAGAGGGCAGCGUUUGAGUAUUUCAGCCAGGCCAAUGUAGAUGCUAUUCAGGAAUUAACUGGCUGUACCCCAGAACAAGCGCAGAAGAUCAUCGAGCUUCGGCCUUACUCUUCAAUAGCGGACCUCAAUACCAAACUUAACCAAGGCAAGAAGAAGGCAGGACCAUCCGGAAUCAGCCCCCGUAUGUUCGAAGACUGCCAGGAAAUCCUUCAAGGCUACGACACUGUCGAUGGCAUCCUUGAAGAGUGCGAGCAAAUUGGUUCAACCUUGCGCACUGCUAUUGCGACUUGGACUACGGAAGAUUCGUCAAGCAAAGGCAAAGGCAAGGAAGCGUCACUAGCCCCGGAUCAAACUGAGGAAGGCUCGUUGAGUCUACGUGCAUUGAAAAUUUCAAACGAUGCUGCAUCCAAGGGCUUCAUCUCAUCUCAACCCUCAAUGAUUGCGGAAGGCAUAAUGCUCAAGGACUAUCAGCUUCUUGGCAUCAAUUGGCUGUUUUUGCUCUAUCGGAAAAGACACAGUUGUAUUCUAGCCGACGAAAUGGGCCUCGGGAAGACCAUACAAGUCAUCAGUUUCUUCGCUCUGCUCAAGGAACGUGGAAACUUUGGCCCGCAUCUCGUCAUUGUGCCAUCGUCAACGCUGGAAAACUGGUGUCGAGAGUUUGCUCGGUUCGCGCCCUCAAUAUCAGUGCAGACUUUCUAUGCUGGCAAAGAGGAACGAGCAAACUUGCGACAGAUGCUAAUAGACACACGGCGGGGAUCAAGCAAGAAUGGGACGGGGUGGGAGGUGCUAAUCACCACCUACAACCUUGCUCAAGGUGACGACAAAGACCGCAAGUUUUUCAGAAAAAUGGAGUGGGACACUAUUGUUUUCGACGAGGGACACGUCUUGAAGAACUUCCAGUCUCAGCGUUACCAGGCAUUACUCAAAUUCGAAGCAAAAUGGCGACUCCUUUUAACAGGUACUCCUUUGCAGAACAACCUUCAAGAGCUAGUGUCAUUGAUGAACUUCAUCCUUCCGGGUAUGCUCUCGGAAAAGCUGGAGACCUUGCGAGCGAUCUUCAAAACGAAGGGCGAUGCCAAGGUCACAUUGCUCUCUCAGGAGCGUAUUUCAAGAGCUAAGAAGAUGAUGACGCCGUUUGUCCUUCGACGGCGCAAGGAUCAGGUUCUAAAGGACCUUCCGCUAAAAACCGAGCGGAUAGAAUGGUGUGAUAUGACCGACAUACAGCGAUCGAUAUACCACGAUGCUCUGCAACGGUCGCGAAAAACGAUAUUGGAUGCAGAAUGUGCUACUCCCGACGAAUCAGGUACAACAACGCCAGUCACGAAUGGUAAAGCCGUCAAAAAGAAGACGAAAGCCAAUCCUCGUGCCAAGGACAAAUACCUGGAAAACAGCUCCAACGUGCUCAUGGAUCUGCGCAAAGCAGCCUCACAUCCUAUGUUGUUCCGCAAGCUGUUCGAUGAUCAGGCGUUGACUUCAGUAGCAAAACAACUGCUCAAGGAGCCGGAAUUCAAGAAGCGAGGCGCAGUCUUUGAGUAUAUCAAGGAGGAUAUGGAAGUCAUGACUGAUGCAGAGCUUCAAUUUUUCUGUCAGGGAUAUAAGUCGACGCGAAAAUUUCUCCAGGAUCAAAACUGCUAUCUUAACGCUGGAAAGAUAUCGGUUUUGUUGCGGUUGCUUGAGGACUAUAUGAAGGCGGAACGAAAGAUUUUAAUAUUCUCUCAGUUCACACAGAUACUAGACAUUCUUCAAGCGAUUUUGAAGCUGAAGGACAUUAAAUAUCUAAUUCUAACUGGCUCCACUGCCGUAGAUGUGCGGCAAACGCUUGUGGAUGAGUUCACCGAAGAUGCGUCGAUACCUGUGUUCCUCCUGUCAACGAAGGCAGGUGGUAUGGGUAUCAACUUGACAGCUGCAAGCGUCGUUGUCAUGUUCGACCAGGACUUUAAUCCUCAUAAUGAUCGGCAGGCACAAGACCGUGCUUAUCGCAUCGGCCAGAAGCGAGAUGUAGAUGUCGUGAAGCUCAUCAGUCGCGGGACGAUUGAAGAAGAUAUGCUCAGACUUGGGGAAACUAAACUGGCCCUCGACGAAGCAGUGGCAGGAGAAAGUGAGGAAGCUGACGGCGACAAGGGGGCCAGCAGACAGGAGAAAGAGGUUAAAAAGUCACUCAUGGGGCAGUUGAGGAGGCAAUUGGAAAGGCAAGAUGGAGCUCCCACCGGACCUGGACAAAUACCCGCACCGUCCUCUUAAUGAUUAUCAAUAUGCUUUGUUGCCUUUGCAUUCGUUAGUGUUUUUGCUUAUUGUUUACCAUCUUGAUUAUAGUAUGGUAUGUAGAUAUUGGUAGAGUUUUCAAGUAAUUAAAAGAAAACUGACAGUCCACGAACGAGACGGUCGAUACUAGCGCGGAAAUAAUCGUUGUCGAUGCCCUGAGAA